GUUCACAGCACAACCGUCUUGAGCACAGGAACUAUGCCGCCGGGCCGGCCUCGCAAACUCAUCCUAGAUAGAAAGGACGAAACAGGUUUCAGUGAUGGAUCUCGGGAAAAGAAGUGCAACAUUUGCUCGCAGAUUUUCACCAAAGAGAGCAAACUGCAGAAGCAUCUCCGUGAACAUGAGCUUAACGAUAAGCCUCAUCGCUGUGACCAAUGCCCACAGACUUUCAACGUGGAGUUCAACCUCACGCUGCACAAGUCCACACACAACACGUCUGACUUCACCUGCCCUGUUUGCAAUAAGAGGUUCUCUCGCAUCGCUGGCCUCAAAUCCCACGUCAUGCUUCACAAAAAGGAGGAGAACCUUAUCUGCUCCGAGUGCGGCGAUGAGUUCGUGCUCCAGAGCCAGCUGGUUCUGCACAUGGAGGAGCACCGGAAAGAGCUGUCGGGCGUCAAGGUGUACACCUGCAAAACGUGCCACAGGGAAUUCAAGACAUUGGUGGAGUUAAGGGAGCACACGAAGAGUCACGUAAAGAUGAGGGCGCUGACCUCCAGCUCCAGAAACUACAAGAGAAACAUAGAUCGCAGUGGGUUCACAAACAGCUGCCAUCACUGUGAAAAGGCCUUCAAAAAGCCCAGCCAGCUCAUCAGACACAUACGAAUACACACAGGUGAAAGACCCUAUAAGUGCACACACUGCAACAAGGCUUUCAACCAGAAGGUGGUGCUGCAGACUCACAUGGUGAAACACACAGGAGAGAAACCUCACCUCUGCAUGUUCUGUCCUGCAUCUUUCUCCCAGAAGGGCAACCUGCACUCUCAUGUUCAGAGGGUUCAUUCAGAGACCAAAGGAGUACCUGUGUUCCCGUGCAUGGACUGCAGCUGUUCAUUCAGGAAGCUGGGGAGCCUAAAUGCCCACAUCAGCAAGAUGCACAUGUCUGUGAUUGAGGUGCCUUCCAGCACUUCGGAGACCGAGACGACAGGUCAGAGCGCCGGGGGGUCGGAGGGUGCUGAAGGGGUGACGGAUGUCAUCCAGCAGCUCUUGGAGCUGUCGGAGCAGGUCAGCGGGGAGACGGCUCAACCGCAGCCUCCAGAGCCAGCUAUUGCCAUGGAAACAGCCAUUAACCAGGACAUCCUGCAGCAAGCUUUGGAGAACAGUGGUCUGAGUGUUGUCCAGCCCAAGACUGAGGCUGCAUCCGCAGUGUCUCAGAACCAGAACUCUGAGGUUUCUGCACCAGAGAGCAAAAAAGUGGAGUUUCCAGACAAAUCCAUAAGGGAGAAGAAGAGGAGCAUUUUUAAGAAGCCUAUACAAAUGCCAGGCUCGAUCAGGGAAGAGGACGGUGUCCGCUGGCAUGGCUGCCCUUACUGCUCCAAAGAGUUCAAGAAGCCCAGCGACCUUGUGCGCCACAUUCGCAUCCACACCCACGAGAAACCCUUCAAGUGCAAACAGUGUUUCCGAGCUUUUGCGGUGAAGAGCACUCUCACUGCGCACAUGAAGACGCACACGGGCAUCAAGGCCUUUGAGUGUCAGUGCUGCCUGAAACGCUUCUCCACUUCAGGCAGCAUGAAGGUCCACAUGCGGCUGCACACAGGUGUGCGCCCUUUCCCCUGCCCUCACUGCGACAAGAUCUUCCGCACAUCAGGUCACAGGAAAACACACGUAGCGUCACACUUUAAAAUCUUGCAGCUGAAGACGAACAGAUUCCGACGGAAAACUAACAAAGCCAAAGCCUCCAAGAACAUCCUACCUCUGCCUGACAUCCCCUUACAGGAACCCAUCCUCAUCACAGAUUACGGCCUCGUCCCUUCCCAGAAUAGCCGCCUUACUUUUCAGCAGUACUUGGAUGUGGGCAAUGAACGGCCGUACAAGUGCCAGUACUGCAACAAGGCCUACAAGAAGUCAAGCCACCUAAAGCAACAUGUCAGAUCUCAUACAGGAGAACGGCCAUACAAGUGUUUUCAGUGCAGUCGUGGUUUCGCCUCUUCAGGAGUCCUUAAAGCUCAUAUCCGAACCCAUUCGGGCCUAAAAGCAUACAAGUGUCCGAUGUGCGACACAACGUUCACCACCAGCGGCAGCUUGCGGCGCCACAUGACUACUCACAGUGAACUUCGACCGUACAUGUGCCCCUACUGCCAGAAGACGUUCAAGUCUUCGCCCAACUGUAGGAAGCACAUGAAGACGCACAGGUAUGAACUGGCCCAGCAGCUGCAGCCACAGCCAGGAGACGAUCCGCUGGGAACAGGUGGCGUUACCCACGAUAUGCCGGUGGAAAUGGAGGCAGAGUCUCUCCAGCAGGGUACCACCACCACAGUGGAGCAGCAAGGCAUGCUGGGACUGGGCCAGACAGAGGUUGUAAAUGGGGGCCCGCAAGUAUCACUUGAUGCCCCCCUGACUGACCAAGCACUCGUUCAAGGUGAAGACUCGUACGUAACUACACAACAUGGUUUGCCUCAGAAUAUCAGUCAGUUUGAGACGCCAGCACUACCUCAGCCUGCCUUUGACCAGCAAAGUCUAACACAAGGCUUCAGCAUAUCUGAAUCAAGCUACAACCAGCCCCAGUUCUCAGCUGUGCAGCAGCUGCAGGAUUCCAGCACCUUGGAGUCCCAGGCGCUUUCCUCCAGCUCCUACCCUCCAAACCUGCUUCAUGUCUCCAGCUCAGAGGUUACGAAUGGACUUCUACAGGAGAGCGGGCAGAGUGAUCUCCAGCUGCACUCAGAAGAACCAGACUACCAGGAGGAUGGGGAAGACAACUCCAAAAGAGCCCACAGAUGCAGUUGGUGCACUAAAGCUUUUAAACAGUUGAGCCAUCUGAAGCAGCACAUCCGAUCCCACACUGGGGAGAAACCGUACAGCUGUGACCUCUGCGGACGAGGUUUUGUUUCGGCAGGAGUGCUGAGGUCCCAUAAAAACACACACACAGGAGUGAAACCAUUUAAAUGUGAUGUUUGUGAUGCAUCUUUCACCACUAGUGGUAGCCUCAGUCGCCAUGCAUUUAUCCACAACAAGUCCUUCAAAUGCUCCAUCUGUAACGAGACCUUUAGAACCACUCUGCUUUGUAAAAGGCAUGCGAAGAAGGAACACGGCGUGGAAGUAAAAGUUAUAGAACUUGAAUGUAGAGACAGGGAAGAUGAUGAUGAAGAUGGAGAACAGAAAACAUCUAAGAGGAGGAGCCUGGAAAUCAUCACCUUCACAGAGGAGCAGGCAGCCGAGCUGGCGAAGGACCCGGGAGAGGAGGCGUCGGUGUCGGAGCGGAUCCUCGCCCAGUCGGCCGCUGAGAGGGAUCGCAUCAGUGAGAUCAAGGACAAAGCUGUGGAGCUGGAAACAGAACCCAAGUUUGCCAACUGCUGCAAUUUCUGCCCAAAGAGCUUCAAGAAGCCCAGCGACCUCGUCAGGCACAUCAGGAUCCAUACGGGUGAAAAACCAUACAAGUGUGACGAAUGCGGGAAGAGUUUUACGGUGAAGUCAACCCUGGACUGCCAUGUUAAAACACAUACAGGUCAGAAACUGUUCAGCUGUCACAUGUGCAACACCUCCUUCUCCACAAAGGGCAGCCUGAAGGUCCACAUGCGCCUCCACACCGGCUCCAAGCCUUUCAAAUGCCCCUUCUGCGACCUUCGCUUCAGAACCUCGGGCCACCGUAAAACUCACAUCCAGUGUCACUUUCGAUCAAACGGCGACAGCCGCAAGGGCAAGCGCUCCUCUACCUCUAUGGGUCAUCCAAGACACGGUCAGGACUCGGCCACUGGGCAUAAUGGGGCCUCCAGUCAGGGCCAGCAACCAACCACUACGGAACCACUUCAACCUGUGGGUCUGCUACAGACCUCCAGCUCUGAUCCCAACAUUUACCUCCCAGCCAAUCAGGUUUUGACUGGGCAGUUUGACCAGAACCUGCUGCAGUCGGGCCUUGUGAGUCAGGCUAUCCUGCCUGCCUCUAUGUCAGCUGCAGGUGACCUUACCGUGUCUCUCCCUGAUGGCCUCACAACGCUGGAUGGCAUCCACCUCCAGCUGACCCCGGCCAGCCUGGUUUGCCCCAACCUGCAGAUCUCUGGCCUCGAUACCAGCAACAUCACACUACAGAUCGACCCUGCCCUCCUCCAGCAGACCCUCCAGCAGGGCGGACUGCUCUCCCAGCCCCUGAGCGUGGACACCGGCCUGGUCUCUCACUCCGGCAGCCAGCUCAUGUCCGCAAACGACCCGUCCGUCUCUGCCAACGUCGUCAUCCAUCCUCUGACCAGCCUGGCCAUGCAGCCAUCCAGCAUCUCCUCCCCACAGGUCUCCAUAGCCGGCCUCCCAGAGCAGGAUGUUACAGGCCCCCAGGACCUUAACCAGGUCAUUAGCGGCGCAGGGCUGGUGGCAGGAAGUAGCGGCAGCCAGGAGAUAACUCUGACCAUCAACAACUCCAGCCUUACUCAGGCUCUGGCUCAGGUCCAGGCUCAGGCCUCGGCAGCCGGAUCCGGCGCUGCACCAGGAAACCCUCAGGAGAUCACACUCACCAUUUCAGGUCAAGAUCUGCUUCCCCAUCAUAACAAUAGCAACGGUGCAGAGAUGAGCGGCAGCCUCAGGCUUGCAUCUCCACUCACCAGCCAACCCACGAAUGCGACCAUGACCAUCACCAAUGACCACCUUCUACCUCAGAGCCCGGCCAGCACUGGGAUGGCAGUAACCAGUCUGGCACCCAGCACCACUUUGUCGCAUACUGCUGCGUCCAAGAGCUUAGUGAUGUCACCAGGAGGCGUGGCCAGCGAUGGAAGCGUCACCCUUACCCUCACGGAUGCUCAGGCCAUGCUGGAUGGUGUCACCUUAAACCUCAGUGCACAGGGUCAGACGUUCCCUGCAGUACUAAAUGACCCUGGCCUGCCGGGACAGUCGGCCAACUCCAGCCAGCAGGUCUUACUGGUCAGCCAUCAUUCCCAAUCAUCAAAUGGGGCGUCAGACAAUGGAUAUUUUAAUCCUGCAGACGGGGAAAAAGUUGGCAAAGACUCCCAGUCAGACAUCGAUAACAGGAACCAGUGUUUUUACUGCAACCAGCUGUUUGGGAACGGAAACGCGCUGCGACGGCACUGCAAGCAAGCUCAUGGCAAGGACCGCUGCUACGUCUGCAGCUUCUGCAAAAAGGCUUUCAAGCGAGCGACGCACCUCAAGGAUCAUGAACGAGUGCACCAGCCAGGCCCUUCACCCAGCUCCCAGAAACCCAGAGUCUUCAACUGUUGCUCUUGUGCCAAGGCAUUUGCGAAACGCAGCCAGCUGGAGAGACACAACCGAACACACACAGGCGAGCGUCCCUUUAAGUGCAACCAGUGCGAGAAGGCCUUCAACCAGAAGAGCGCUCUGCAGGUCCAUAUGGUCAAGCACACUGGGAGGAAGCCCUUUAAGUGUGAGGUGUGCAGCAUCAGCUUCACCCAGAAGAGCAACAUGAAAUACCACAUGAAGAGAUCCCACGGCUAUGCCCUUACAGGUCAAAUCCAAGACGUCUCCCUGGGCCAGGAGGAGCCGGCGCCUCGGGUUGAAGUAACACCUGAGCUGGACCUGGAAGUGGUUCCUGAAUCCGCCGGAGACUGGCACAAUUGUUCCCCUGACUACUCCCCGCCAGGACUGCCUAGUGUCAUGAACUCAUGAAGUUUCACAGCUGAGCAGCAAAACUUUGCUGAACUAAGAGUUAGGGGGAAAAAAAAAAGAAAAGCUUCCUGACUUUUUAAAUUAGUUCCACUUAGAAGGAAGGCUUCAUCCGCCUUCCUGCUGUUUUAUCACAAUUAGCAUUGAAGUAAAGGGAGCGUGCCUCUCCGCUUCUCUGGAAGGGUUUAAUGACUUUUAUCCGUUUGACUAGUCUGUGAUUGUCAUCGGCCUCCAGAGAGGUGGGGCUCCAUCGGCUCAGGCUUCCCAGGGAGAUAACCCCUCAGCUGAUGGAAGUCCCUCUGAUGCUGACCCUCGACAAGAACAGCCCCGCGGAGAAGCAGAGUCUGGUCCCUCCAUUCCCGAUCAAACAGACUGAGAGGAGAGGAGAGGACGAGGCCAGCUGCAUUAGCUUCAGGAACAGCAGACAUGACCAGUUACUGCUGGUUCCAAUAUAUCUGUCACUUAUGUUUGACAUGUUUAUAGUGUAAAUAUUCCGCCUGGAUGUGAGAUAUCAUUUCCAGAUUCACUGUAAAAAUUGGACUUAAAGAAUCUGUGAAGGCACUGAUUUGGAUUCAGUUACUGAAUGAAGAUGUUGUUAUUUGCUUUUGUAUCGUUUGGACUGAAAUAAGUUUAUUCACUGUAGUUAAUUGUGUAAAUAUUGUUGUCAGAAGGCAUAUAUUUUCUAAAAAAAAAAACACACACUGGGAAACAGAUUAUUUGGAUAAAUGUCAUUUUGGUAAAAGUAAAGCUAAGAUGGUACACUUCUGGGGGUCGUUUUCCAGUUUCAUUUCAGUUUCUUUAUAAAGUGCCAUUUCACAACACGUCAUCUCAAGGCACUUUACAGAGACAAUACUUUUGCAGUUCUGUUUUCUAUGGGUGAUUUUAAACUUCAAAUU